AUGCAUAUUUACUUACUGAACUUCAGGAAUGUAAACAGGGAUCAAAAGAAACAGUCACCCAGAAAUAUAUAUAAAGCCGACACUCAAAAUUCUCUGAAACAUAGAACUACUAAUUCCACUGAAUCUACUAAAUCCACUGAAUCUACUAAAUCUACUAAAUCCACUGAAUCUACUAAACCUACUAAAUCCACUGAAUCUACUAAAUCUACUAAAUUCACUGAAUCUACUAAAUCCACCGAAUCGACUAAAUCCACUGAAUCUACUGAGCCUACUAAGCCCACCGAAUCUGCUAAAUUCACUGAAUCUGCUAGACCUACUCAAUCUGCUACAUCCACUGAAUUUAUCAGACCCACUGAAUCCUCUAAAUUCACUAAAUCAACUAUACUCGCUGAAUCUACUAAAUCCACUGCUCCUAUCGAUUCUAAUACUAAAUUCUCUGAUUCUAAACUCCAAUCCGCUGACUCGACUUUGACAAACCUCCAAAAACCUGAAAAGGAAAAGACUAAUAAAUUUGGAUCGUCCCCAAAACUUGAUGCGUCCGGGCAACGGAAAUGGCGAAUAGUCAUUGACUACCGGAAAUUAAACGACAUAACUAUUGGUGAUAGCUAUCCUAUACCACAAAUUUCGGAAAUUCUAGAUCAACUUGGUCAAAGCAAGUACUUCUCAACUCUUGACCUCACAUCCGGUUUCCAUCAAAUUUUAAUUAACGAAGAAGACGCACCCAAAACUGCUUUUAGUGUACCUCAGGGACACUUCCAAUUCACCAGAAUGCCAUUCGGUCUAAAAUGCCCUGCUACCUUCCAAAGACUAAUGAAUACGGCUCUAUCGGGACUUCAAGGUAUGCGCUGUUUCGUCUAUCUCGAUGACAUCGUUAUCUAUUCCCAUGAUCUUAGCUCCCAUAUCGAGAACCUAUCGUCGGUAUUUCAAAGGCUUCGAGAUUUUAAUCUCAAACUUCAACCCGAUAAAUGUGAGUUUCUUCGACGUGAAGUCGCAUAUCUUGGCCAUCUUAUUACUGAAGAAGGAGUAAAACCCAACCCGGAAAAGGUGAAAGCGGUUACAGAAUUUCCCACUCCUAAAUCGCCAAAGGAUAUAAAAUCCUUUCUUGGCCUAGUUUCUUACUAUCGUCGCUUUAUACCCGAAUUCUCGAAAAUUGCUAAAUCAUUGACUAAACUCCUGAAAAGGAUGCCCUUUUAUUUGGGAAAAUCAACAACAAAUUGCUUUGACAAUCUUAAGUACAAGCUUACCACUGCCCCUGUUCUCAUGUAUCCAGAUUUUACAAUCCCCUUCAUUCUUACUUGCGACGCCUCUAACUAUGCCAUCGGCGCUGUCCUUAGUCAAGGCCCUAUUGGCAAAGAUAGGCCCAUAGCCUACGCUUCUCGUACACUCAACAAAAGCGAGUGUAACUACAGUACUACCGAAAAGGAACUGUUGGCAAUUAUCUUUGGUUGUAAAACAUUUCGUCCAUAUCUUUACGGACGAAAAUUUCAAAUAGUAACUGAUCAUAGACCAUUGAAAUGGCUUUUCAACCAUAAAGAUCCAAGCAGCAAAUUACAAAGAUGGCGUCUAAAAUUAGAGGAAUAUGAAUAUGAAAUUACUUAUCAAAAAGGCAAACUUAACGCCGCCGCAGACGCUUUGUCCCGUUAUCCCGUAAAUCCGGUAAAUAGUGACGAUAUACUUAAUCCUGACGAAAACAUUAGUCCAUUUAACAACGAUCCCGAGUUUACUCCUCCAAACUUACCAAGUCCUAUCCUAGAUCCGGAAUCAGAAUCGACCAUAAAUCCUUUCCAAAACCCUUCACGAGAAUUACCAUCCCUAGGACCAAUUCCUUCUCCUAAUUUUGACCAAAAUAAUGAUUCUACUACAAAUGUUAAUAACAGAGACCUAUUAGAAACACUUAACGCUCCUGACGAUAAUUAUUCUAAAUUCUUAAAAAUCAUGAAUAACCGAAAUUUUGUAUCCAACGCCAAAAUUCUAGAAUCUAACGCCAGCAUUCUAACAUCCUCGGACAAAACUAUAGUUAUUCCUACAUCCAUCGACCUUGAUGAAGCAAACCCUCAUGUAGGAGAGAUCCUAGAAGAAAAAGCAAAUAAGGAAGAAAUUAUUAAUAAAGAAAGAACAUUACAUUCAUUUUUAAAUUUCGAACACCAGGGCCGAACGGUGUAUUUUCUGUUUAUCAAAGUAAAUCAUUUUGAUAACGCUUCAUAUGAAGAUAUUUAUAUCAGCCUCAAAAAUCUACGAAAUGAAUUAAUUAUUACUAAUCCUCUAACUAACUUAAGCAUCACAGACUUCAAAAAUCCUUUUGACUCGCAUUCAUACACUAAGUUAUAUAAUAUAAUUCAAUAUCUAUUUCAUAAUGUAGACGCGUUUAUCACUAUUCACAGAAACACCAUAAUAUUCCCAACUCUGAGCGAAAUAAAGAAAAUUCUUCGUGAAAAUCACGAUAUACCUAUUGCCGGCCAUUUAGGAACAAUUAGAAUGCUUAAUAGAAUUAAAGAAAAAUACUAUUGGAAAGGCAUGCGCAAUGACAUAGAAAAUUAUGUCAAAUCAUGUAAACUAUGUCAAGAAAACAAAGCCCUUAGAAGAAGUAAUAAAUCACCUAUGCAGAUAACUACCACCUCCACUGCUCCAUUUCAACGAAUUGCCAUGGACAUUGUUGGUCCACUACCCGAAGCAAGCUUAGCAAAAUUAAAAUAUAUAUUGACGUUACAGGACGACCUUACUAAAUUUUCGUUAGCCUAUCCCAUACGGUCAACGACCGCAGAAGAAACAAGUGACUGCCUUUACACUUUAUUUCUUUAUUCGGCAUACCUAAAACUAUUUUGACUGAUCAAGGAACAAACUUUACCGCUGACCUCUUCAAGAAAACUUGCGAGUUUUUAAAAAUCAAACAAUUAUGGGCGAGUCCCUAUCAUCCGCAAACACAGGGUGCCCUUGAACGUAGUCACGCAACAUUAAAAGAAUAUCUUAAAUCAUUUGUUAAUAACGAACAAGACAAUUGGCAUCGUUACGUCUACACUGCUAUAAUGACUUAUAAUACCACCGUCCAUUGCACUACUAAUUACA